CUCCCGCCGCGCACUCAGUAUCCCGACCAGUCAUGACCGCACGGGUGGCGCGGCUACGGGGCGCAGGGGCCAUGGUGCGCGGCAGGAUCUCCCGGCUCUCGGUCCGGGACGUGCGCUUCCCCACGUCGCUUGGGGGCCACGGCUCGGACGCCAUGCACACGGACCCUGACUACUCAGCUGCCUAUGUCGUCAUAGAAACUGAUGCAGAAGAUGGAAUCAAGGGGUGUGGAAUUACCUUCACUCUGGGAAAAGGCACUGAAGUUGUUGUCUGUGCUGUGAAUGCCCUCGCCCACCAUGUGCUCAACAAGGACCUCAAGGACAUUGUUGGUGACUUCAGAGGCUUCUAUAGGCAGCUCACAAGUGAUGGGCAGCUCAGAUGGAUUGGUCCAGAGAAGGGCGUGGUGCACCUGGCGACAGCGGCCGUCCUAAACGCGGUGUGGGACUUGUGGGCCAAGCUGGAGGGAAAGCCUGUCUGGAAGUUACUUGUGGACAUGGAUCCCAGGACGCUGGUAUCCUGCAUAGAUUUCAGGUACAUCACUGACGUCCUGACUGAGGAGGAUGCCCUAGAAAUACUGCAGAAAGGUCAAGUUGGUAAAAAAGAAAGAGAGAAGCAAAUGCUGGCACAAGGCUACCCUGCUUACACGACAUCGUGCGCCUGGCUGGGGUACUCAGAUGACACGUUGAAGCAGCUCUGUGCCCAGGCACUGAAGGAUGGCUGGACCAGGUUUAAAGUAAAGGUGGGUGCUGAUCUCCAGGAUGACGUGCGAAGAUGCCAAAUCAUCCGAGACAUGAUUGGACCAGAGAAGACUUUGAUGAUGGAUGCCAACCAGCGCUGGGAUGUGCCUGAGGCGGUGGAGUGGAUGUCCGAGCUGGCCAAGUUCAAGCCAUUGUGGAUUGAAGAGCCAACUUCCCCUGAUGACAUUCUGGGGCACGCCACCAUUUCCAAGGCACUGGUCCCAUUAGGAAUUGGCAUUGCCACAGGAGAACAGUGCCACAAUAGAGUGAUAUUUAAGCAACUCCUACAGGCAAAGGCCCUGCAGUUCCUCCAGAUUGACAGUUGCAGACUGGGCAGUGUCAAUGAGAACCUCUCAGUAUUGCUGAUGGCCAAAAAGUUUGAAAUUCCUGUUUGCCCCCAUGCUGGUGGAGUUGGCCUCUGUGAACUGGUGCAGCACCUGAUUAUAUUUGACUACAUAUCAGUCUCUGCAAGCCUUGAAAACAGGAUGUGUGAGUAUGUUGACCACCUGCACGAGCAUUUCAAGUAUCCCGUGAUGAUCCAGCGGGCUUCCUACAUGCCUCCCAAGGAUCCCGGCUACUCAACAGAAAUGAAGGAGGAAUCUGUAAAGAAACACCAGUAUCCAGAUGGUGAAGUUUGGAAGAAACUCCUUGCUGCUCAAGAAAAUUAAGUACUCAGCCCCAACAUCUUUUUUCUUUCUGAAGUGAAAAGGCUUAAAAUUUCUUGGAAAUAGUUUUACAAAAAUGGAUUAAAAAAAAUCCUACCGAUCAAGAUUAGUUCAGCUAAAAGUCAUACCACCCUUAGGAAUCAGUUAAGUAAUUAUUACUUGAUUCUUUUAGCAAAUCAAUACACAUUAUCCUGCUUAAUCCUUAAAUAAGUUUAGAUUUAACUAACCCAAAGUCCAGGAGGAUGUUCUUACAAAAUAUCUAUCAAGGGCUGGCACCUAGACAUUAAACUGUACUUUGAAAAUAAGCAACAUGUUGCAUAACUUGUUGGAAUAAUUCCUUGUUCUAUUUAACACUUGUCAUAACUUAGCAGAAUAAAAAUAGUCGUGCAACACCAGGGGGUAUCUGGUAUGCAACGAAGGGAAAAAGAUUUCACUGAUUAACCCUGAAGUGGUUUUGCAUCUUUUUCUUGCUUAAUCUAAGCAUAUUAUUAGAGAAGUCACACCAUGCUGAAGCUAACGAGGGCAAAAUUGUAGUCCAUAGAUUAUUUUAAAAUAACCCUUUAAGGUUAUAAGUUAAAAAAAAAAAACAAAAAAAACUCUAUCCUAAAUGGCCAUUAUAUUUCGAGGAUAAGAUGCAGUUAAAAUGAGAAAAAUAGGGCAAAAUAUAUUCACUAUUUCUAAAAUAUACUUUUAAGUAGCAUCCAAACCAGAAUACAGCACAUUUACUUAGGAGAGUUCUUUAAAUCUAUUUUAGGAAGGAACCGAGCAGAUAAGUGGCAGUACAGAAUGAACAAGGCGUGGACAAAUGCAGAACACUUCUUUAUUAUAGCAACAUAUAAAACAACUAUAACUUUAAACGUUCAUAACCACACUCUACAUCAUGAUUGAUGGUGUUACUCAGCUCCCUCAGAUUUGAGGGAAUAGCCUGUGAAAUUCUUAAAAUAUUCUAAAAAUAGCUUGUGAAAUUCACCAACCUUCUUUAUAAGGACGUGGGAUUGAAAUGCACGUACAUGUUUUUGCUAAGAGCACACACAUUUCAUUCUCCUCACUUUGUUCAUAAUCUCAGCGUUUUCAGAUACCCUCAGUGAGUUAACUCAAAGCCUUUUAUUAUGGAAAGAACUGGCACAGUUAUAUUUGCCAGUGGCAACAUCCUUAAAAAUUAAUAACUGAUAGGUCAUGGACAGAUUUUUGACCUAGUUCCUUUUUCGUUUAGAGCAAAAGGAACUUUUACCUCGGCAUCCAGCCCAACCCCUAAAGACUGACAAUAUCCUCUGAGUUCCUCUGAAAGCACCCUAAACAGCCAUUUCCAUUUUAAUAGUUGGAUGUGGAUUGUACCCUUCAAUCUGAAAGUCUUCAGCUUUGAAGUCAUCAAUUUUCUCAACUUUUCGAAGAAUCUUGAGCUUUGGGAAAGGUCUGGGUUCUCGCUGAAGCUAAAACCAAAAUAAGACCAUUAUUUUGCCAUAAUUGUACAACCUGUUGUAAUUGCUCCUCAUGUCCAUGAAACAAGUACACAGGUUGUGAUCAACAAAGUUUUAUUUUACAGGAGUAUGAUCCUGUCGAUACCUUGCCAUAGGUUAUGUAACAUGACUGGAGCACAACCAGCUGUUUUCUUGCACAGAUCAAGAGUGAAGGGUAUUUUGUGACAUUAUAGUGUCAGGAGCCUGGUGCCUCAUCAGGUGUAAGUUCUUAUAAUCACUCUUGGCAAAUUUAUUAAAGACAGGAACACGUCGAUCUGUAACUCAUAGUAGCUCUAAGUUUACUUGAAUUCCACAAUCCCUAACCCAUCUGUCCCUGGCAGAAAGAAGGAAAGAUGACAUGCAUGGACAGUGAACAGAAAGGGAUGAAAGCCAGGAUUCCUGGGAUGAACAGACAGUGGCAAUUAGGAUGUGAAGACAGGUCACAACCUAUUACUAUGUCUAAAAACGACUGGAGCAGAGAGCCAGAGAGAAUCAGCCUGAAGUCACCUUCCACUCAAGAGCAGCCAAACUCCCUCAAAGGAGUAACUUUUAAAACCUGGAUCUAACCUGAAAGGGGCUAAAAAGUUUCUGGUUCUGAGUUUUUUUCCUUAAGGCUCAUGAAGCAGAUGAACUUACAUUUUUAUUGCCAUUUCAAAUCAAUUGUUGGCUGCUAUAACUUAGGGAUUUCAACAGACUUUUGAGGUUUGGACCUAAAUAUUGUACUUAAUGUAAAAUUAACAAAAAAUAUUUAUGGCCAGGGUGGUGGCUUAUGCCUGUAAUUCCAGAACUUUCGGAAGCUGAGGCAGGCGGAUCACCUGAAGUCAGGAGUUUGAGACCAGCCUGGCCAACAUGAGGAAACCCCAUCUCUACUAAUAAUACAAAAAUUAGCUGGGUGUGGUGGCAUGUGCCUGUAAUCCCAGCUACCUGGGAGGCUGAGGCAGAAGAAUUGCUUGAACCCGGGAGGCGGAGGUUGCAGUGAGCUGAGAUCGCACCACUGCACACUCCAGCCUGGCCGACAGAGAAAGACUCCGUCUCAAAGAAAAAAAAAAGGGAAAAACAUUUGCACUUCAAUUCUCCUUCAAGUUAAAAUGAGUUAAAAUGCCCCCUUUUGGACAAUCCCCUGGCUUGAAUGUGGCUCUUCCCUCUCUGGUACUGGUGCUUAGUACCUCACAGCACCUGACAUGUUAAGUGCCCAUGGUUGCUGAGGCAGAUGCCUGCCUUGUCCUGCCCACCUACCCACCACUUCUCCCUAAACUGAAGUCCCACAUUCGGAGCAGUCAUCUUUAUCUUGGACACAGCAUUGAGCAGAUGCCUGUUCCACAAUCAACCUUUUAUCAAGAGAAGGUACCAAACCCAAAAGUAUAACAUCUAAUUCUUACCUGAAUUUUCAGUGGCUCGAUGUGAUUCAGGUAAACAUGUGCAUCUCCCAAAGUGUGUAUAAAGUCACCUGGCUAUAAUCCCAGGGGAGAAAGCAGAACAGUAUGUUAGUUUCAAUUCCUUUAAAACAUCAUUUAAAAACAGUAGAAUAUGCAGACACCGCAAGGCUUUAAAAAAAAAUAAUUUAGUGUAGCUUUUCCAUUUUUUUGUAGUGACAGCAUCUUGUUAUGUUGCCCAGGCUGGUAUUGAACUGCAGACCUCAAGCAAUUGCUCUUGCCUCAGUCUCCCAAAGUGCUGGGAUUACCGGCAUGAGCCACCACACCCAACCUCAGCAUAGCUUUUGAGAAAAUCCAUAGAAGCUAUAUCACAAACAACCUGUAUAGGUCUGUUAGUGCAUAUACCACAGGGCCAGAAAACCUUCCAGACAAGGAAGGUUUCAAAGUAAAAACCGGUUCAUGUCUUACUUACACAUAUCAAAUUUAAAAGCUAAUCAGAGACUAAACUGUACAAUUUGUUUUCCCAUAUUAAAGAACUGAAGAGCUCAGUGUGUUAGGCUGGCAAGUCACCCUUCCCGAGACAGCCCACCUUCAGGCCCGUGAUGUGUGCAAUCAUGUACGUGAGCAGGGCGUAGCUGGCGAUGUUGAAAGGCACACCUAGGCCCAUGUCUCCCGAUCUCUGGUACAGCUGGCAGGACAGCUCACUGUUCACCACAUAGAACUGGCAGAGGGCAUGGCAUGGAGGCAGCGCCAUCAGAGGAAGAUCUGAGGAACCAGCACAGAGGAAGAUGAGGGGUGGUGGUUUGAAAGACCACAGCUAAAGGCAAAGUAAAACAGGAGAGAAACAGAAGCCAACUCAUAUGGUGGAGACCAGGAGAGCCACUGGGCGGCAGUGAUGUCCAUAACCCACAGCCCCUGCAGCAAUGGCACGGAGCUGAGGGAGACUAUCCAUCGGUGCAAGCUUUCUGCAGAUGUCCAUUUAUGGCUGAAGCAAUGCUCUUAUCAGAGCUGAAGGGAUCUGGACUACCUUCAUGGCACCAAAUUACAAAUACAGCAGGAAUAAUUCUGUUUGCCACAGGAAACUGGUGCUUCUGGUACACCCUCCUAUAUUAAAAGUCUUUAUUACAUG